GGGCUGCCAGUGCAGCCAGGACAACUCUAGCCCACACUCUCCUCUGGGUCCCUGGGGUAAUGGAAGGAGGAUGCACUAGGUGCUUUGUUAACCUUCGUCACCGGUGGCAACACUUAAACGUCCUCUUGCAUGCUGUGCCUGUAAACUGCUUGGUCUGCUAGGAGGAGGUAGUGUGCUUCUGUAAGGUUUCUAAGUUGUAUAAAUUAAUUAUUAAAUAUAUUUAGUCUCAUACGUUACAACAGAUGCAAUAGGAAAAUUAAACCAGAGCUGUGCAACAUACGGAUAACAAGAUCAGAGGUGAACUGACUGAACUAAUAGGAAUUGAGAAAAUGAAAGGUUUGUUCAGUUGAGUUCAUCAUUACCUAAUAUUUUCAUGUUUUCAGAUUAUUAAGUAUUUCUUUUUGUUUCUUAUUUGUAUGAUAUUUCUAUAUUCAGCACUUGGAUUGGAAGGGGAACGAAGCUUGGUGAUUCUUGCUCGUGGUACUAAGCUGUAGUAUCUGAAUAUAAUCUAGGCUUUUAGUCUGAGUCCUUCAGUUCUUGUAAAAUGGGGGCCAAAGAGGGGGGAGGGAAAGAAAGCAAAUUAAAACAUGCAGUGAAAUUACAGAACAUCAAAAUUUUGCUUGUGUAGUAUAUUAUUGCUUUUAAAUUCUUGUAGAAGAAAAGAUUAAGUUCUAGAUGUAGCUUCCUAAGUAAAGAAGAUGCUCUAGAGGCAUCUUGUAUUAUGUGCAUUGUACUUCCUGUUAGAAAGUUUAAUGAACUUUUCUUGAUGUAUUAAAGUAUGAAUCUGGAGUCCUUCUUAAAAGAUAACUUGAAUAGUGGUUACUGUGGUUCUUCUCAAUAACAGUUUUCCUGAUUAUAUUGCUCCCUGUUCUUAAAAUUAUUAUUCAUUUGUGGGUAAAAGCUGGGAUAAACAAGCAGUGAAUAUUUAUAAAACCUUGAGUUCUUUCAGUAGGCUUUUGGGGACUAUUUUUUUGCUCUGCUCUGAGAUACUUCCUUUAGUUGCAUUUUUCCAACAGAACUAAGUAAUUGUGGAGCCUAUUUUUUAGAGAAAGGGGUUGUCCUUAUUCUCUUGCUUCUAACUCCAUGCUCAGCCUUUGCCUUGCUUUGAUACCCUUAGCUCCCUGUACCAUAUCACCACAGAAACCAAGCCUCCAAAACAGUCUGAGUAGUAACCUGCUGGUUUAGCUGUUGGAGCUAUCUAACUGCCGGGUUGGGUGAGUGCGUAAGAGAAUCGGUGAUCGGUGGGACUGGCCCUUGCCCUCGCAGGUCACCCUUAGAUCAGCUUGGCUGUCAUGUGGGAUCGGAGCCUUCCCCAGUGCCUGGUGCCAGUCCUGUGUAUUUGAGAGGAGCUGUUGCAAUGCUGCUGGGGCUCUGUGCUCUGCUCUGUUCUGUGGGAUACACAAUGAAACCUACUGUUCGUUGUAACAGAAACCUGCAGUUUCCAUUCCGUUGCCAGGUUUGUCAGGUCCCUCAGAUGUCUUCUGUGUGAGAGUUCAGGCACUGCUUUGUUCUGGGAGCUCAGACUGCUGCAUAGUUGAGCUCUGCCUGGAAACCUUGUCACUCAGCCUCCAAGGUUUGUUUCUGUUGAGCAGCUGUACCUUGAUUCAAUGUAGGUUAUUCCACAGAAGCCUGUAUAGAUAUGUUUCCCGUAUAGGCUGGAUAUCACUGGUAUUCCAGUAUCAAAAUAUUAGUAGUGUUUAUCUUCUUGCGCAGCCAGUUCUGUGUUCCAAAAAACUGAUUCAGCUGUACCACGUGAGUGCCAGUCUAGUGCUGGUAGAGCAUAUAAAGCUUUUCCUCACUUUUUCAGUGCUGGUUGACUGCACUGAGCUUGGUAGGUACACACAACAUAGAGAAAUAAGCACUCCUGGGAAUGAGGUUGGGAAACAAAAGCUUUGGGUUUUGUCCUAUUUUGAAAUGCCACUACAUGGCAACAAGGCCAAAUCAACAACUGUACUUGGAAUUCCUAUACUUAUUUUAAAUAACCAUGUCCACACCAGCAGAAGAGCUGAAUUUGCAGUCUCUUGGUCAUCGUGCUGUGUGCAUGCUUUUAUACUGAAGGACUGGUUAGCAUGAAUAGGUCACGUUACAGUAACUAUUUCCUUUUGGUAAUCCCAGUUUGUAGUAUUUGGAAACAGCCUAUUUACCUUAAGGGCUCUCAUUUGUGGAUUCUCUUCUGUUGCUUGUUUUCAGCUUACACAUCCAGAAGUAAAGGUUCCAGGGUUAGUGUCUUGCUUUCUGAAUAGGGGAGAGUUGUUGCUUUACAGCAGGUCUAAAUUUCAAGCUGUCUUUGUAUUUGGACAGGUUAUUGUACGAUGACAGGUUACCAUAUGUCAGCUGAUACGUGGUGUCUGAUUCACAGUAAUUGUUCAUGUGUAUGCUCUUAGCCUGUAGCAAAUGGAAGGUAAUUUGAGUUAGCUUGACCCUCUUUCAUUAUGCUUUUGCAAGGCACUCCCUUCUCCAUGUGGAUUGUUAGACCUGCCGAAGAGCCUUGGCUAAAACAAUAAUUCCGUUUCUGUCUCUCAGCUAGUUUGGUUGCAUCUCUACAGCAGCAGGAUGAGGACUUCACCAAUGCCCUGUGUUGUUGCAGUUUUGAGACCAUACCUUGCUGAAGAAAUAAAUGCUACAAAGAUGUUAUCCUGAAAACCAGUCAGAUGUUAUAAUUGCCAGGUGUGUUUUUCUUUAGCUGAGCAUACAAAACUUUAUUAGUGCAUUUAAAAGCACGUGGAACAAGUUGUUUAUUUCACGUUGUCUUGGUAUAGUUCUUUCUUGUUUUUGAAGAAGUACGUUUUACCUUGAUUUCUUUCAGGCAGUGCUUGGUAAUUGAAAUAAUUCUAACACUGCAGUAACAACUUUUGAUAUUCUCAUUCAAAGCCCGCUGAAAUCCUAACUGCUGGCUAACUGAAGGAUUCCCAUUUACUACAAAUGGCACUUUGAUCUGAAAUGACAUGAAAGAUGAUGAUGUACCUGCAGAUAUGGUUGCAGAAGAAUCAGGUCCUGGUGCACAAAACAGCCCAUACCAACUUCGCAGAAAAACUCUUCUACCUAAAAGAACAGCUUGUCCUACAAAGAGCAGUAUGGAGGGUGCCUCUACUUCAGCUACUGAAAACUUUGGUCACCGAGCAAAACGUGCUAGAGUAUCUGGGAAAUCACAGGAUUUAUCAGCAGCACCUGCAGAACAAUAUCUUCAGGAGAAGUUGCCAGAUGAAGUCGUUCUAAAGAUCUUCUCCUACCUGCUGGAGCAGGAUCUCUGUAGAGCAGCUUGUGUGUGUAAACGCUUCAGUGAGCUGGCUAAUGAUCCAAUUUUGUGGAAAAGAUUAUAUAUGGAAGUAUUUGAGUACACUCGUCCAAUGAUGCAUCCUGAACCUGGUAAAUUUUAUCAGAUUAAUCCAGAAGAAUAUGAACACCCAAAUCCCUGGAAAGAAAGCUUCCAGCAGCUGUACAAAGGAGCACAUGUAAAGCCAGGUUUUGCUGAACACUUCUACAGUAAUCCUGCAAGAUACAAAGGAAGAGAAAACAUGUUGUAUUAUGAUACCAUUGAGGAUGCUCUUGGUGGAGUUCAAGAAGCUCAUUUUGAUGGACUUAUCUUUGUUCACUCUGGUAUAUAUACUGAUGAAUGGAUAUAUAUAGAAUCUCCAAUCACCAUGAUUGGUGCAGCACCUGGAAAAGUAGCAGAUAAAGUUAUAAUAGAAAACACUAGAGAUUCCACCUUCGUUUUUAUGGAAGGUUCUGAAGAUGCCUAUGUUGGAUAUAUGACAAUCAGGUUCAACCCUGAUGACAAAUCUGCUCAGCACCACAAUGCGCACCACUGCUUAGAGAUUACCGUGAACUGCAGUCCAAUUAUAGAUCAUUGUAUUAUUCGAAGUACUUGUACAGUUGGCUCUGCGGUAUGUGUUAGUGGCCAGGGAGCUUGUCCUACUAUUAAACACUGUAACAUCAGCGACUGUGAAAAUGUUGGACUUUAUAUUACAGACCAUGCACAGGGAAUAUAUGAGGACAAUGAGAUAUCCAAUAAUGCGUUAGCAGGGAUUUGGGUUAAGAACCACGGAAAUCCCAUUAUCAGACGGAAUCACAUUCACCAUGGACGUGACGUUGGCGUUUUCACUUUUGACCAUGGAAUGGGUUAUUUUGAAAGCUGCAACAUCCAUAGAAACAGGAUAGCAGGCUUUGAAGUGAAAGCAUAUGCCAACCCAACAGUGGUGCGGUGUGAAAUCCAUCAUGGCCAGACCGGAGGAAUCUACGUGCAUGAAAAAGGAAGAGGACAAUUCAUAGAGAACAAAAUCUAUGCAAACAAUUUUGCAGGUGUUUGGAUUACCUCAAACAGUGACCCAACAAUAAGGGGCAAUGCAAUUUUUAAUGGGAAUCAAGGUGGUGUUUAUAUCUUUGGUGAUGGAAGAGGCCUUAUUGAAGGAAAUGACAUUUAUGGUAAUGCAUUAGCAGGAAUACAGAUUCGAACAAACAGCUGUCCCAUCGUUCGACACAACAAGAUUCAUGAUGGUCAACAUGGAGGAAUUUAUGUACAUGAAAAAGGACAAGGUGUGAUUGAGGAAAACGAAGUUUACAGCAAUACAUUGGCUGGAGUCUGGGUGACAACAGGGAGCACUCCAGUCUUGAGAAGAAACAGAAUACACAGUGGGAAACAAGUUGGAGUUUAUUUUUAUGACAAUGGACAUGGCGUGUUAGAAGACAAUGACAUCUAUAAUCACAUGUACUCAGGGGUUCAGAUAAGAACUGGAAGCAACCCCAAAAUUAGACGCAACAAGAUCUGGGGUGGUCAGAACGGUGGUAUUCUUGUCUAUAAUUCUGGGCUUGGAUUUAUAGAAGACAAUGAAAUUUUUGAUAAUGCAAUGGCUGGUGUAUGGAUUAAAACAGACAGUAAUCCUACACUAAGAAGAAAUAAAAUCCAUGACGGAAGAGAUGGAGGCAUCUGUAUAUUUAAUGGGGGAAGAGGUCUUCUGGAAGAGAAUGAUAUCUUCAGGAAUGCUCAAGCUGGUGUUCUUAUCAGCACCAAUAGCCACCCUGUGCUAAGGAAAAACCGAAUAUUCGAUGGGUUUGCUGCAGGUAUUGAAAUAACAAAUCAUGCGACUGCAACAUUAGAAGGCAAUCAGAUUUUCAACAACCGCUUUGGAGGUUUAUUUCUAGCAUCUGGUGUCAAUGUCACAAUGAAAGAUAACAAAAUAAUGAACAAUCAAGACGCCAUAGAGAAAGCUGUCAGUAGAGGCCAGUGUUUAUAUAAGAUCUCAAGCUACACCAGCUACCCGAUGCAUGACUUCUACAGAUGUCACACUUGCAACACCACAGACCGUAACGCCAUCUGUGUGAACUGCAUCAAGAAGUGCCAUCAAGGACACGACGUAGAAUUCAUUAGACAUGAUAGGUUUUUCUGUGACUGUGGUGCUGGAACACUGUCCAAUCCCUGUACGCUCGCCGGAGAGCCUACACACGAUACAGAUACACUAUAUGACUCUGCUCCACCUAUAGAAUCUAAUACAUUGCAGCACAACUGAAUUCUUUUUCAGAAAGAAAGUCCUGCCAUUCUAAUAUCAUAACUAUUAAAACUUUUUUUUUGGAGGAAGUUACACUUGCCCAUUUCUGCAGAAAGAGACUGUAUUAAAGCGGAUGUGUGAGGUGUUGACACUAUGGAGCUCAACCUACCAAAAAAGAAAGUGGCAAUAUGUUGACUCAGGAUAACAGAACUGGGCGUUUUAGCAUUACUGUGUAAACAAAGACUUUGAAGGGACAGAAGUGAAGAAAAAUAAGCUGCAAUUUUGUACAGAUACCAACUUCUGAGAGCUGGUGUUUUUACAAGUAGCAUUGAAACGCAGUCCAAUUUGCAGUAGUACUAUUCUGUAGACAAGCAGCAUUCUUUGUUGCUGCCUUUAUGGACAUGGGUACCAAUUGCUUUUGUAACAUGGUAAAAAUGUGAGCUAGCACUUCUGCAUUUCUUUUGAUUUUUUAACAUUUAUUCAGAUUGAGAAAUAUGAUUUUAAUGCUUUAAUCUCAUGUAGUUUGUUUCUAAUUUCAAGCAAAAAACCUUAUUGUACUUGAAUGUGUCCUGUUUUGUUAGCACACCUAGACUUGCUGUAACUGUACUCAUGUCCCAGUAUGUACGUUCUUUCUAUGAAAGAGAAAACACUAAUCUUAAAUUAUAUCCAGCAAUUUUUCUGGUGUCCUCUGAAGUUAGAAUAAUCUCCUCCCCUGCCCCAGCAAUAGUCUGUACUCAAACCACCCUAACAAAAGAAAGAAAGCGAGUGUUUUAAUGAGACUUCCUAGACUAUAAUGCACUAUAAAACAAAGUACCCAUGUAACUAAGUUUUGUGAAAGAAAUUUUACUAUGUUUUAAAGUACACAGUAGAAAGUCUCCUCAAAACAGUCUUGUACUUUACUCUGUUCAUAGUUUUUUUUGAACAGUCUGGACAUUACUUACAUAACCUGCUGGAAAUCACAGCAAUUUCCUGCUCUAAUGAAGCUGAGACAAGUAUAUAUACAGCCCUAUACAGUUUCAUAGCUUUUUUCCAUUUAUGUGUAUUGGUGACAGUGGGUAAUCAACAGCCUGAAAGUGUAUGCAUGUACCAUAACAUCUAGACUUAAUAUAUUGUGGAGUACUCAAUAACCAUUAUGUAGAGGGUAGGUAUGAGUUAAAGGGUUUAAUUUCCUAGGAAAGACAAUGGAAAAAUGGUCAUUUUUAAAAAAUAAAGUUUAUUAGAUCAUAA